UAUUUUUGCCAUGCAUGUAGUAUAUAUGCAUAUUUAUAGUAUUACAACACUAAAGAUUACAAAACAAAAUUAAUACUCAAAAUUCUAAGUUAUGGAGUUAAGCUCCAAUGUAACGGCUACAUGGAAAAUUUGUACAAUUUGUAGCCUAAUAGGUUGUUUGAUGCUCGUCUUUCUACUUCGCGAAAAUGACCAAAACGUACGUCUUUUAGAAGUUGAAAGCACGGUACUAGAAAUUGGACCGAUAUAUAGGUCGAAGACUGAGGCAAUGAGCAUAAGUGUUAAGCCUUCGGAGCCUCCGCAACCUAUAGCUAGCGUCGUUGCGGAAUUGAUCCCGUGGUCUAAGAAUGUUACUUCUAAUGCCAUAGAGAAGCCAAAGGAAGUUUAUAGAAUUGAGAAAUCAAAUGUUACGUACGUUAAAAACAUUGGAACACGGGCGUUGAUGAAGCGUGAGAAGAAGUGUAACAUGUUUGAUGGGAGAUGGGUUUACAAACCGGAUCAAAAUCCGAGCUACGACGUGAUGAAUUGUCCGUUCCUUGAGGAGAAGAUGAGCUGCCAGAGAAAUGGAAGGCCUGAUUUCGAGUACGAAAAAUGGGUAUGGAAGCCUAGAGGUUGUAACAUACCAUUGCUAAAUGGAACAGACAUGGUGGAACGAUUUAGAAACAAGAGGGUGAUCUUAGUAGGAGACUCACUAAACCGAAACAUGUGGGAGUCGCUCGCGUGCAUUCUCUAUUCCUCCAUACCAAAUGCUUCAUCUAAAGCUGAGGUUCAUUCUCAAAAGAAAGUUUUGAAAACGUUCUUGAAAGUAAAGGAUGAAUAUAACUUCACAGUUGAAUUUUUUUGGAGCCCAUUCCUAGUAGAACUCAACAAAAACCAUGAAAGUGGCAAAAAUGUUCUUGUGCUUGAUAAACUGUCACCUAAUUCUGAGUUGUGGCCUAGAGCUGAUAUUAUGGUAUUCAAUUCAGGACAUUGGUGGGCUCAAAUUGGUAAAAAGAAAGCCUGGGAAUUGUUCGAAUAUAGAGGAAAGCUGGUAAAAGAUAUGCCACUACACAUAGCGUACAAACGAGCAAUGAAAACAUGGGCAAGGUGGGUCGAAAACACCAUUGAUCAAACAAAAACAACCGUUUUCUUUAGGAGUGUUUCGGCUGAGCAUAAAGCUCCACAGUACAAUCAAUGGUGCUAUACUAAAACCCAACCCAUCAUGGAUGAGUCCUAUAAAUCGUUGUUUCCUAAAUCCUUGAUUCGUGUUACCAAGAGUGUGAUCAAAGAAAUGUCGAGCAAAUCACAAGUUAAGUACUUGGACAUUACUAAAUUGUCGCAGUAUAGAAUAGAUGCACAUCCUUCAAUCUACAGGUACAAGGACUGGCAGAUUCGAGCUCAAAAAAAUAUGUAUAAUCUUACGCGUACUGCUGAUUGUGGGCAUUGGUGCCUUCCUGGAGUACCUGAUACUUGGAAUAGAUUGUUGUAUGCUUCUCUUAUCUUUGAUGAUUCAGGGGAUAUAUCUAGUUCUUAAGAAAAUAGUAUUAAGUUGUUUUUUAUUAUAGGAUUGAUUAUACAGUUGAACAAAAAGUUGUUCAGUUGAAAACUUGAUAUGUGUUUAUUAACACUGUCAAAGCCAAAUAUCUCCAAAACAGUGAUUUUGGCUGUUGUUUUAUUUUGUUCCUAGGAAUUGAUUUGUUUUAUUGAA